CCGGGCGGGUUGAAUUCUUUGAUAAAAUAUAUUCACCGGCGCAAAUAUGCAAUAAACAAUGCAAAAAUACCUGGAAAGUCAAAGGAGUCCUGUUUACGAUAAAAAAUAAAAAAAAAAAUGUUAUAGGUAGGAAGAGUGUAGGUGGUUAUAUAUUUCCGCGGUACAUUGAACAUUCAUUUCCCACAGUUGUAAAUUUUCCUAGACGGCUAUUGAUUAUAGCGCAUUGAAAGUUGUUUUAAAUUAUUCAUUGUGCUUAGGUGUAUGUGCGCCGGUCUAUAAUACAAUUUAUAAAGUUGUAUAUUAAUUACGGUAUAAUAAAGCAUGCGGGGGGCGAGGGGGCGCGCCGCGCUCUCAUAUUCCGUAUAUUGAUUGUGUGCGAGGGGGCCGGGGCAAGGAGGGGGCCACGGCGUGCCCCACUCUGUUUUUUACGACACGGCUUUCUGUGUAACAUAAUUAUUGUAUUAAUUUUGUGAAAUGUUUCGGUGUUAUUUGUGAAAAAUCUGGAAGUGGGUAAAGCGAAUACGAGAUGCAGGGGCUGGUGAGCGACAAAACGUUCCACCUCAAGUGGAACAACCACCUGCAGAACCUGAGCCAGCUGUUCACCACCAUCUACUCGUCGUCGGCGCUGGCGGACGUCACGCUCUCCUGCCGCGAUGGGACUCUCAAGGCGCACAAGCUCGUGCUGUCCGCCUGCAGCCCUUACUUCGAGCAAAUAUUCAAAGACAACCCAUGUCAACAUCCCAUUGUGAUCUUGAAGGGGAUACCAUUCUCAGAGAUCAACCUCCUUGUGGAGUUCAUGUACAAGGGUUCUGUGGACGUCCAAGAGUUGGACCUGCAGUCCCUGAUGCACACAGCGUCAGAGUUAGAGAUCCGAGGGCUGGCAUACGAGGCCCGGGAUAAUGCUGCACAGAUGUUGAAUGUGAACUUGGAGUACCCGUCAUACCCUCAGACGUCAGUACAGGCAGCACAGGCAGCUCAGGUGGCACAAGCUGCACAGUCAUCCUUUACACAGCCUCGGUCAGCAACUGAUGUCGAGAGGUUGAAACAGAUCCACAUGUACCAACAGUCGAUGAUGCGCGCCGAGGAGAUUCGACGGCGACGGCGUGACGAUCCAGUGAAUACGCAUACGGCGGUCAACAACAUCCUCGCGGCAGCUGCGAGGGAGAUGGAGGAGGCCAGGAACGCCUCCCGAGCUGGUGAUAAAGUCGUCGCCAGCAUACAGACUGAGCAUGAUCAGGCCCUCGGGGCCGCGUCCACAACGGCAGACUUGAAGCGCGAAGACGACGACCGUCCAAAAAAGCGCGUGUCCAUACUCUCCCCAGAAGACGAGAAGAUGCGCGUCAAGAAGAAGCCGAUGACAGUGCGCUUUCAAGAAGACAAUAAGACUGACGAACGCAUCAGCAAGGUCACUUCGCCCGGUUCAGCUCACGACGCGAUGAAACAUGACCACGACAAAAAGAUCGGCGGCAGCAUCAAAGUGGUCCAGCUUGCGGUACUGCAGAAACCUUCCAAUAAUGAACACGAUGAUUCUGAUGAGAAAACUGGCGGCAAAGCAUGUAUGGACGAUGAUGAGGAGACGGACUCGAGCGGCUCGGUGUCCGACUCGGCUACCAACGACGCGCAGGACGGCCGACCCCACGUCUGCGAUGUAUGCGACCUCAGAUUCCAGCGGUCGUCUCACUUAUCUCGACACAAGCUGACCCACACGGGCGAGCGGCCCUUCACAUGUGGCGGCUGCGGACGUUCCUUCGCACGCUCCGACAAGCUGCGCGUGCACACCAAGAUCUGCGAGCGGGAGGACCCAACGGUGGACAUGGCGAACGACUUGCCGUCCAGCAAGCGCGAGAGCACGUCCGAGGUGAUGUCGGGCAUGGUGCGCACCACGCACCGCGAGUCCGGCCACCUCGUGUUCACCGCCAGCGGCGACGUCAUGCUGCCGCCGCGCGCGCAGGCGCCGCCCGCGCUGCUGCCCGCGCACGCGCCGCCCGCGCACGCGCCGCACGCCGCGCUCCCCGCGCACGCCGCGCACGCCGCGCUCGAGCAGGGCGACGGGCUGUCUGAGCCACCGCGCCGCGGCCGCGGUCGACCGCGCAAGACGCCGCUGCCGCUCACGCCCAAGAUCAAGAAGAAGCGCGGCCGGCCGCCCAAGACCUCGCUCGAUAUGGAAGGUUGCGUGCUGACGGGCGGGUCGGUGAUGGGCUCGAGUGCUCAGCUGUCACAGCUAACGCCGUCGGGCCAGCAGCUGCUACUCAAGCGCAAGCGCGGCCGCCCGCCGAAGAACUACUUCCUGCCCAAGCAAGGUACAGAUAUCGAUAUACCGAUGCAGUACGGGCUAGCCGCGGAAUUGAGCAAAAUUUACGGCCGACCGAACGAGAACUACAACGCAUCAAACCUACCGUUCGGCGACUUCUCCUACCUGACCGACAUGAUAUACAACCCGCUGGCGUACAGCUACGGCGUGACCAGCGUGGACCCCGACCGCAACGUCGACACCGACCAGAGCAUCACCACCGAGGCCUCGCACGACCGCACCAUCGACGUCUCCGACUCCUCCUCCGACGACGACGACUCGCGCGUCGAGCCCGAGGACAACGUGCCGCCCGUCGCCAUGGAGACGCAGAUCAUGACCGUCGGCGACUGCCAGAUCGUCAAGCUGCCCACCAAUAACGAUGACAAGGAUGAUAAGAGCGACCAGUCGGGGGACAUCGCCACCGUCACGUCGUCCGCACCCUCGUCGGUCACCAUCACUCCGAUCACCACCGUGGGCGACUGCACCAUACGGCCCGUCGAGAACACAUAAUCCGAGGAGCCAGCGACUGUCCUCUGCGCGGUGAGUUGAAUUUGUGCGAGAUUAACCUCCCUGUUAUGUUUUGAUGCCCAUUCCCAAUUUGUGAUCGCGUUUCCCUACAGAGGACAAGGCCGAAACGAUAAGCAAUGUUAAGUAAUUCCACGUUUCGUUAAUUGAUUCGGAGUAACGAUGUCGAGGUAAGAGUUGACAGGGAGAGGGUAGUCGUAAGAACAUCUCGCGUGCCUAAUUCCCAUAACAUUCGUAUUUGAGAUUGGUAUGAAGUUAGACAAUGUAUUAUUGUGGUAGCAUUUACUGAACAGUCACAGUCUGAAAUGCAAUGGAAAUAAUUAUUUACAUAGCGAACACGUUAGUAAUACUCGGAGCUCAUUUAGACGAUGCUUUAAGCAUAACAUAGCGUGCGUGUUCAUGUCAAACACAUAUUGACUCAAGCAUGCUAUGAAGUCUACACUAUGCUAUUCAUCAUGCUAUUUACAGCAUGUGGUGUAAACGCAUGCCAAGACAUCGGCUAAAUCCGCUCUAAGGGUGUGUUAAAUGUCACUAAUAAACAUAUUUUUUUAUCGCGUUUUUUUCGUCCAAAUGUCUUCCUGCGGUACACAAUACGUGAUGCUACUACAAUGAUGGAACAUCUUCAAAGUUUCAAUGACUGUCUAAUGCAUUUAGAAAUUUGUGAGGAUAUUUAUUUUAUCGGAAGGUACGAUGUAACAUAAUGCCAUAAGCUUUACAUAAUUUAAUCGUGAUACUCAUUUAGAUGACCUGUAUACCAGAACAAAUUUGUCACAAUAUUAUUAUGUCGGUGUUCUGCGUGAAAAUGAACGUCGAAAUAAAUGUACGAAAAAAUGACUUCAAAAAUCGGAUUGGGUGGACGCAGUGAAAUUACUGAGGAAAGCUUUAAUAUCUUUUACAAAUAAUAUAAUUUUAUACCAAUUGUGUGAGUAUACGUACGUGAUGAAAAACGCUUUAAACCGAUUGAUUUGUCAGAGUAUUUAUGGCCGCCAUGACAGACCGACCGCUCUGCAAUCUGUGAUUCGUUUACCGCAUACACUGAACGCGAAUCGGUUCCUUUUCACGCAGUGCAUAUUUUUAAAAUAAAAUGGUAACGUAUAGAUGUGUAAUAUUUUGCGAAUAUCUACAUUAGAGGCAGCAUAUUUACCACAAUAUUAUAGUGAACAGUGAAAAUUAUUUAGAUACGCAGUGUUUAAUGCAUAUGUGCACUUUGAAGUUGCCUUCACUGUUUCUUCGUCUAUUUAAUCUCCGUGAUGACGUCGCUCAGAAAUAUUUCGAUAUAAUCUGCGAAUAAAGAUGGCGCUAAUAUUAACCACCGGCCUGAAGUAAGCCACGAGUAGAUCCUAAGAACGCCUAAAACUUGUCAGAAAAGGAUAGAUUAAUGAAGCAGAGCUGAGAGAAUUACCCAAUAGUGCUCAUGUGUCUACCAAAGUAGAACGGAGACGUACAAUUUAUACUAUUGAUUAAUAAUUUCUGUAUCACCUCGUAAAGUGGCGUUAAAGGGUUUAUUUUAACACAAACGACAGUUAAAUGAUUAACUCCAAACCGGCUAAAUAUUGGCGUCAGCUGUAAAGGUCUCGAAUGAUCUGAUAUAUGUAGAGAGACUGACUCGCGUGUAGCGAAGUAUUCCUGAGUCGUGUCUAUAGGGUGAAUGUCCCUAGCACCGACCAGUAUGAAGUACGUGUCAUUGUAAGCAGCUCUUGUACAAUAAUUAGGGCAAACAAACAAGUACUGACUGUUUUAGCGGCUCUUACUUUUAAUUUGAUAUCUAGAUUUUAAGAUUUCUCACCUCACUUCUACAUGAAAUGUGAGGAAUGUCUGACAAAAUGUAAUAAAUUCAAUUAGUUUCGAUACGCAAGGUCGGUGCUAAGGGCAAGCGCGUCAUAUUAAACCGUAGCAUCUGAUUGGCUGUCUAUAAUUAUAAUUUUCUACGUAUAAUUUUAUAUUUAGUGUAAUGACGUGUAGUUGCGCACACGCUAUAAUCGCCUUUUCCAUUUCUUAAUAUGUAUCAAUCUCUGUGAAUACUAGAAUGUAGUUUCGUAGUGUCUUAGGAACGUAAUAUUCUAAAUAUUAAUUAAAUAUAAACUCGGCAACACCACACGAACAAGUGAUACGACUUAGCUACUUAUUUUUAGCGAACAUAUGGUAAUAACAAUAUAUUUCUUUAAUCAUUUUUGCCUGUAAAAGCAAUGAGUAAUCGUAGAAUAUGGUAGAUGUUUUUGUUCAAAGUCCAUAACUGCAAUGGACUUGGGUUGGAUUUUAGUGAGGAAUGCGCAUCGAGGCCCUGAAUUGAAUUAUUUACUGCCUUUUCGCAAUAGGUUUCUUGCAGUAACUGUCAUGUUGCGAUAUUACGCAUUCAGGCCACUGAUUGGAAAGUCCUUAACCGUAUGUCUCUGCCUAUAAUUGUUAUGAACUUUGAGCGAAAUAUACAUAAUAUGCAAUAUAUAAUAACCCCACUCGUAUGACAGCUGCUUGUAGCUAAUAGUGGCUGUCAAACAGCCAUUGAUUGGCAUUUUUAAAAUGUUUUAAAAUGGUCAGUUCCUUUAUUUAAACAUGUAUUAAUUUGUAAAGUUCGUACACUUUCGAAGUUAUUGCAAUUAUAAAAAAAAAUAUUUUGAAAGUAUUAAAAAUUUCAUAAUGGAAAAAAUCAUAAUCAUUAUUUUCUGUACAGUAGUAUAGUUCCUAACUUGUAAUCGAUACAAAAUUAUAACCCUUGAUAUAUUAGAUUAGGAAUGUAAUUUAAUUUUUUCGGCGCAAUAUCUGUAUUCAUUGGAAAUAUGCAACUAGAGUUUUGUACCACACCAUAAUCAACCAUUCUAGUUAUUGAUAUAAUUUAAACUGUAUAUUUUAACAUAAUCAUUUUUACAUGUCUAUUGACUAAAAAAAAAUUGCGAACAAUGAUGAACAAAAAAGUAAUUAAAUGUAAAUGUACAAUUUUGUAAUUCAAAAUAAACGUAAAUUUAAUGCGUAUAUCCAUUUCAAAUUAUAAUAAUAUUUUUUCAUCAUCAUAUAUUAGUCGUGGACAGCAUUUUAAAAACAAUUACACUUGAUAACAAAACACAUCUAACGAGAGAACUUUGUUUGCAUAUUUUCAACAAGGCGACAUUGCGUUUGACUAUUAGCAUUAAGUUUAUUAUUUUGUAAUCGAUCAUUUUAAGUAUUUUUUUGUAUGACUUAGUCGAUAAUCGUGUAUCGUCUAAUAAAUUUCGUUUAAAGUAAUUACUUUACGUAUUUAUGUGGAAGACUGCUCGAUACCACGUAUUAACUCGCUUAAUAUUUCAUUUUAUUUAGGUAGCCCUCAAGAGGCAUUUAAUUAUGAGUCUCAGAAGGCAAGCUAAGCUUAUUGAGAAUUAUUUAACAUAAGAAUCUGUAUUUUUAUAAUAAAACUAAAGCUAAGUUCACACGUAAUCGACGUAUCAUCCGUGCAGUUAGUUGUGUCAGUUGGUUUGUUUAAAUGCGUUUACAUAUUUAAGUUGUGUUUGCGGACGCCCUAUUGGCAUUGUGUUAUCGUUAAAGUUUAUGUUCCCGUGUUGGUUGAUUGGCUAAUGUCAUUUGUUUAUAUUAUUUGUAUCAAAUUUGUGCAUAUCAUGUGAUUUGAAGAUAUUUUUAAUCGAUUUUAUAUAUCACUAAUGUUAUGGCGUCUAAUUAGAUUUUAAAGUGCUUCCGUGUAUUCACACGAGACGUUGUCGACAUUACUAAUUCUAUAUACAUUUAUACGUUGAUCUUGUAAAUUGAUGGCUAGUAGCUGCGUUUCAUAUGGUUUUUAGCGGCUUAAAUACCAUAUUCCCUUCCCUAACCUUUUCUAUAUUGGUCGGCGGCACAUCCACGACAUUUCUCAUAAUACUUUCCACAGGCAGUGGAAAUAACUUAAGGUACUCCCUCCGCAAAAUGCUGCGUCCAAAGUACACAUAUUAAUUUACAAUUAACAUCAUUAGAUAGAUAAUUUUAUAAGAAACAUUUUAAUAGUUUAAAUUUUUCAGAAAGACCUGAAAUUAAUUCUUUAAAAGCAAUUAUUCGUUAACCUUUGCAAAUUACCGCCGAACGAAUGCUCAAGGCCGUUUGCUCGGCGGAAGAUCUUAACAUCAAGUGGCCUUAUUCAUAUUUUAACAAUUUAUGCUAUUUAAAAAAAAAUCUCAUUUCUUUUUUCAAAUACAUGAUUUAAAUGUCGUCCAAUCGACUAUUAAGCAUACAAUUAACUAAAUAACAUUUGCCAAUCAUUCAACACGUUUGGUAUGUUUUUAUGUGUCGAUUCGCGAGCCAGCAUGUACAAUAUGGAUUUGAAGGAAAAAGGUACUUAUUUCUAGAAUCAUAAGUUAAACUUUAGACAAAACAAAACUAUCCGCCUUAUUUGUUCGGAUGAAAGACGGAAUGUCAUGGAAGAGGUAUACACAUUAAUAAUUAUCACUCAUGGCAAAAUGAAUUCAUAAUUUUCAUUCUAGUAUUUAUCAGUCUAAAAUUUAAUUGCAAAAUUGAACCUUAAAUUACCUUAAAAAUUUAAGCCAAAAGAAUUAAAACGCAUUCCAUACCAGCUGUAAAUCGCAGUACGCAUUCAAAAAUGGCGGAUCUUACUUAUAAGGCAGCAAUAUAAUUACUAUAGAAAAAAACUUCUUUUUUUUUAUGAAAAUCGUUGUUCUAUGUCUGCAGUCGUGUACAGAACCGUACUUUAAUGCAUAAAAGAUGUUGACUCGCGAAUCGAUAGUUGUGGUCGGCAAUGCAACAGUUCCCUUAUUUAUGGCAUGUUGAGUAUUUGAAUCGGUUGAUUGCAUUUAUAAUAUUGUUUUCUGUAUGUUUGUUUUGUAGGCGUCACAAUAUGUUUUAUUGUAAGUUUGAAUAGAGGAAUAUAUGGAGCAUUAGUCCAUAAAUAUUUGUAUCGGUUAUUUUAAUAUCAAUGUGUGUUUAUCCAUAUUUUGAAUGUUGUUUGUCGAAAAUCAUUGAUUUAUUUUCAUAUUAUAUGUGAAAGCUUUAUAACAUGUUUAUUUUAUUAAGUCAACAAAUGUUAUAUUUUAUUAACAGCUGAUUUAUAUUUAAUUUUCCGAGCAUUUAUUUCUGGUGUGUUGGAAGUUAUGAUAUUUUUAUACGUUAAUUUUGGUCGUAUUUAUUUGAAAUAUGGAUGAGAACGCAAGCGGCAGUGUCAUGUAUGAACCCUUAAAACUUAAUAUUUUAAUCGUAGGUUGUCAACAAUAACAUUGUACUCUAAUAUGUAAGCUUCUCCGUAUGUAUCAAUAGAUGGGGUACGAGCCACGUUGAUACGAUACAAAUUUGGAAAUAAUUAUUGAUCAUUUUUUGUUUAUUUAAUUAUUUUUUGGAGGAAAAGAAAUGUUCUCUGUUUCUGGUGUUGUUUAAGGCCAAUAGAAUAACAAAAUCACGAUUGAAUAAUUUUGAUAUUACUCUUUACUUUCAAUUUUCAAUUUUGAAUAAGAUUUAUAUAUUGCUUUGUUUAAUUUUCAAGUAUUUAGCUGAUGUUACUUUUUCAAUAUAUACAGUCUCAAACUACUCAUUACGAAUAUUGAAAAUUUACCAAUUUGUUCCAAGUAUAUAGUGUAUCGGGCCAACAUGUAAGACUAGUGUGUCCCCGUGGCUCGGCCCCUGUCGCCGUAACUUUAGUUGUAGUGUAAACGUUCUUAUAUUCCUGUAUUGUGAAAUGUAUGUCAUUUUACGUUGUGAUCAUGUGAGUGCAAAAACAAAUUAUUAUAUUUUAACCAGUUUCGGUUGACGGUUCGUCAAUUGACGGGCAGCAGAAUCAACAUGUGUUUUUGUUCUGCAUAGUCCGAGAGCAGUAUUUUUUAGAUGUAAUCUUUAUUAUUAUGAACUUUUUUUAUUUUAACAUUUACGAAAUUCGAAAGUUAGUUAAUUUCUAACAAUGAAAUAUUUAAUAAAGAAAUCACAAAAAUUA